GUACUGCUCCAUGACUAAUAGAACAAUAUGGUUUUUAUUAAUUAUCUAAUAUUUAUGUUGAUAAUUUCACAAAAGUAAAGAGGGUGCAGUUAAGAUCAGUCGAGGGUCGUUUCGAUUAUUUAUCUUCGACUUCGUUGAUUUAGGUUAGGAUUCACGUGUUUUUGUUGAUCAGACGCUGAGGUCAUUUAGGCUCUUAUUUUUCAAAAUGGAAAAAACAAACAAAAAAAAAACACGAGUGAUUAUGGAAGAAUAUGGCAUACCUAAUGCGUUUGAAUUUGCUAACCUGCUACACUUGCAAGAAGACUGGACUAUUGACAAAUUUAAAGAGAAUUUUAAAAUAAAAAUAGUGAAACAAAGUGAAGAUAUGUAUGAAUUGGAAUUUGAUUUGAUCGAAUGUUCAGCAGCACUAGCAAAUGCUUUUCGGAGAAUUUUACUAAGUGAGGUACCUUCUAUGGCUAUUGAAAAAGUUUAUAUGUUAAACAAUACUAGUAUAAUACAAGAUGAAGUGUUGGCACAUAGACUGGGGUUGUUACCUUUAAAGGCUGAUCCCAGAUUAUUUGAAUACCCUUCACUUCCUUCAAAAACAUCUUCUGGAGAAGAUGAAGUUAGUGACCAAGAUACUCUUAGGUAUGAAAUCAAAGUCACUUGUAAAUGGAACCCUCAAGCGCCCAAAGAUUCCAGAAGACCUGAUGACAUUUAUUGUGGAAAUAAUGUAUAUAGUAGAGACAUUAAAUGGGUACCUAUUGGGAGACAAGCUGAAUUAUAUCCAAAUGGUGAAAAACAGUUAGGCAUGAUUUAUGAUAAUAUUUUAUUAUGCAAAAUGAGGCCAAAUCAAGAAAUACAUGCGUUUAUGCAUGCUGUAAAAGGAAUUGGCAAAGAUCAUGCUAAAUUCUCUCCAGUUGCCACUGCUAGUUAUAGACUUUUACCAGAUAUCCAAAUUAUGGAACCUAUUACAGGAAAAGCAGCAGAGAAAUUUAGAGAUUGCUUUAGCCCAGGUGUUAUAGAAUUAGUUAAAAAUGGUAAAGGAGAAGUAGAGGCAAAAGUAAAAAAUGCACGUUAUGAUAGCUGUUCUCGAAAUGUCUUCCAUCAUGACGAGCUGAAAAAAUGUGUUAAAUUAGGAAGAAUACCUGAUCAUUUUAUUUUCAAUGUUGAAUCUGUGGGUACCCUACCGUCGUCUGUAUUAUUCCUUGAGUCUAUAAAAGUCUUAAAAGAUAAGUGUAAAACAUUUAUAGAAGAAUUAAAUAGCAUAUUAUGAUGUUAACAAAAUUUUUACAUUUUAUUUUUGUAUAAUUGCUUAAUAAAUAUUCU